AUGGCCGUAAACGCAUUUUCCUCCGAGGGUUCUCCAGAUCUUGCUCUUCUGAAUGUUGCCCGCCUGUUCACCAGACUCGAGCACAAUAUCCUCUCCCCGGGGACAGACCGGCGCUCAUUCCAACAAUCAGAAUACCAACGUAUGCGCGUGAACAAGAACGUUGAAUACGCCCGCUCACUGCUUACCCGACUCGAGCGCUCCCUCCCACAAAUAAAACCCCUCGACCGCAAGCACGAAGCACAAGCCGAGAUCGCACGCGACAGACAGCUCCUGAAGCGCAUACAGACCAUCCUGGAGGAAGAAGACGCCAAAGCCGAAGCGAAGCAAGAUGAAGACGACGAGACUGAAGACGUCGACGACGAAUGGAAGGAGCUAUUCUCCAAGCCCAUCGCCGAGAAAGCUAGAUCGUUAUCCCAACCGAAAGACCAGCAGGCACCGAGACAGCCAUCAGACUCGCAAAGAGAAGUAAAAGGCACGAGCGAAGCGCAACAAACCACGAUUACACCUUCCGCAACGACGACUACAACAGCCCCAUCACCAACCCCCUUAUCAACAAGCCCGCCAACACCCCCAAUCCUCCGCAACCGCUACACGGCCCACCCCGCACCGCCAUCCACCGAAAAAGCAGCUGCGUCGGGAAACAAUACGAACAAACUCGUUGAAACAGAAACCGAGCUAAGCACCCAUAGAAUGGAACAGGAAGAUUUAACCAGCUCCCUCCUAACGCUGGCUUCGCAAUUGAAAUCCUCCUCGCAGAACUUUCAGUCGACGCUUGAGGGCGAGAAAUCUGCUUUGGACCGCGCGGUGUCGGGUAUCGACCGCACGAGUACCACGAUGGAGGCGGCUGGUAAGAGGAUGGGGAUGUUGCGCAAGAUGACAGAGGGGAAGGGGCUGUGGGGGCGGAUGAUGCUGUAUGCGUGGAUUUUCGGGCUAUGGGUUGUUGCUAUUCUGAUUGUUUAUGUUGGGCCGAAGUUGAGGUUUUGA